AAAAAAACCCUAAAAAUUUCAAUACGGAAAUAGCUUUUCUAGCUAUUUUUGUUUCAGUAAAAUGGGUGGCUGUAUCUUUCUUCUCAAAUACAGUACCUUCUCAAGUAUGUCCUUGAUCAAGCCCUUUGCCCCAUGUCUUUACAAUCCCAUCAAGAGAUAUUGCAGCAGCCAAGAAAGCAAAGGGAAUCAUCACAACAGGCAUGGAAUGGAAGAAAGAGCGCCUUCCACGGCUGAGGAAUUCAAAAGGGCGGCCGAGCAGAAGCUAAGAGAGGCAGAGCAAGGAGUGGCCAGUCAGGUCUCGGACAAGGCAUGUGAUGGCACUGAAGAGGCCACUUUAGGAGAAGCUAAUCUUGAAAAAGUCGAGAAAAGAUACAUGGAACAUGAGGAUAAUGAUCAUGAUGAUCAUAAAUGAAGAUCUUUUCCUCUCUCUCUCUCUUUUCUCUUUUUUUUUUUACCUUAAUGCUUUGGUGUAAUUGAUAUAACCCAUAACAGAAGAGAAGUGAUAUAAAUUGUUACACUAUAUGGAGUAUGAAAUAAGUUUUUGGUAUGAAAUAGAAGUAGAAG